CAUCCCAGGAAAGCUGAAGGUGAAACAGGUCCAUUGCUUGGAAAGCUUUUAUUUAUUUUUGUCUUAACAUUAGGUCAUGUCAAGUGGACUUUUCACCAUGCAUAGCCAGCUUUGUAGACGACUGUUGGCGAGCAAGUACCUUUCCAGGAGCUACGCGUCUCGUCCCACUUUAAAUGAGGUGGUUAUCGUUAGUGCCGUACGGACUCCGAUGGGGUCAUACAAAGGAAGCCUUUCGACGGUGCCUGCAACAAAGCUUGGCUCCAUUGCGAUAAAAGGAGCCAUUGAAAAAGCAGGUAUCCCUGCAGAGGAGGUGAAGGAGGUGUAUAUGGGGAAUGUGCUGCAAGCAGGUGAAGGGCAGGCGCCUACCAGACAGGCCCUCCUUGGUGCAGGGCUACCCAUAUCAACUCCAGCAACCACAGUCAACAAAGUGUGUGCCUCAGGGAUGAAGUCCAUCAUGAUGGCAGCUCAGAGUCUGAUGUGCGGGCACCAGGAUGUGAUGGUGGCUGGUGGGAUGGAGAGCAUGUCCAAUGUACCUUACACCAUGGCCAGGGAGACCCCCCCUUAUGGAGGGGUGAAGAUGGAGGAUCUCAUUGUAAAGGAUGGGCUCACUGAUGUCUACAACAAGAUUCAUAUGGGUAACUGUGCCGAAAACACUGCAAAGAAGAGUAGCAUUCCUAGGGAGGAGCAGGAUGCAUACGCCAUUAACUCUUACACACGAAGCAGAGCAGCAUGGGAGUCUGGACUGCUUGCCAAAGAAGUAGUCCCAGUACACAUCCCACAGAAGGGGAAGCCUGACAUUGUUGUCAGUGAGGAUGAGGAAUGGAGAAGGGUGGAUUUCAGCAAAGUACCCAAACUGAAGGCCGUCUUCCAGAGAGAGAAUGGCACAGUGACAGCAGCCAACGCCAGCACUUUGAACGAUGGGGCAGCUGCCCUAGUUCUGAUGACAGCAGAUGCAGCCAAGAGACUCAACGUCACUCCACUGGCAAGGAUUGUUGCAUUUGCAGAUGCAGCUGUUGCACCCAUUGAUUUCCCCAUUGCUCCGGCCUAUGCUGUCCCCAAGAUCCUUGAGGCCAGUGGUGUGAAAAAGGAAGACAUCGCAAUGUGGGAAAUUAAUGAGGCUUUCAGUGUUGUGGUUCUGGCCAACAUCAAGAUGUUGGACAUCGAUCCCAACAAAGUCAAUGUCAAUGGUGGCGCAGUGUCCCUUGGCCACCCCAUUGGAAUGUCUGGGGCGAGAAUUGUUGGCCACAUGGUGCAUAAUCUGAAAGAAGGGCAGUAUGGACUUGCAGGGAUUUGCAAUGGAGGAGGUGGAGCUUCUUCAAUCCUCAUUCAGAAGUGCUAGAAUAUCUUCUUUCCCAUUCAACUGUCUGCAUACUUUCAGUAUACACUGUACAUGAUGCAGAAGAGUAUGCGUAUUUCAUAUUUAUGAACUGAAAUCAUUGAUACCAGCAGCUUUGUUUCUGUUACAGCAGAGGUAUUAUGGUUACAUGUUAGUCACUCCUUCACAAUGAGCUAAUGACUCCACAUUUAUGGAUCAUCGUUACAACUUUUUAACAAAAUAAAACUUUUUUCCUGCAAGAGCUAA